GGGGACGCCAUUCCCGGCCGUGAUGGCGGCGGGCGGCGGAGGCCCCGCGGCUCGGGAGCUGUUCGCGGAGGGGCUGCUGCAGUUCCUGCGGCCGGCGGUGAGACAGCUGGAUGGGAACGUCCGGGCAGUGAGGGAGAGCCAAGUGGAGCUGCGGGAGCACAUCGACAGCCUGGCCACUGAGCUCUGCCGCAUCAAUGAGGACCAGAAGGUGGCUCUGGACCUCGACCCCUACGUGAAGAAGCUGCUGAACGCGCGGCGCAGGGUGGUGCUGGUCAACAACAUCCUGCAGAACGCACAGGAGCGGCUGCGGAGGCUCAACCACAGCGUGGCCAAGGAGACCGUGCGGAGGAGAGCGAUGCUGGAGGCAGCCGGAGCCUACCCGGGCAAGUGAGGCUGUGCCCGAGCCCCAGGAGCGCGGCUGGGGCAGCCCCCGAUGGACAGUGAUGGGAAUGGGGCAGGAGGGAGCAGGAUCUCCCCCCCCGGGGCUAUGGGAUGGGCAGAGGUGCUGUAAUAAAGGUGCUGCUGGGCUGACGACUGCAUCCCGGCCCCGUG